AUGGUUGACAAAAAUAUUCACACCGAAACGUGGUAUCAUGGACUUUUGCCUCGUGAAGAUAUCAAAUUGAUGUUGCGAAAGAAUGGAGAUUUCCUAAUACGAUCGACUGAGCCGAGACCUGGUGAGCCGCGACAAUAUGUGCUAUCAGUGAUGAAAAAUGAAGAGCUCGAAGAUCAAGGAAUCAAACAUUUCGUUUUACGUGAAGGAACUGGAAAAAUAUUUCUUGAAGCGCGCGGUUUCGAUACAAUUUCCUGUUUGAUUAAUCAUUACAUGAGCACCAAAGAACCGAUCAAACAAAUUGUAUUGCGCACACCGAUUACGCGACAGGAAUGGGAAAUUGAGCACUCUCAGGUGCAAUUAUCCAAGAAACUCGGCGAAGGGGCUUUCGGAGAGGUGUGGAAGGGAAAAAUCACAUUGAAAAACGGAAAAACUGAGGAUGUUGCGAUUAAAUCAGCAAAACUCGAAUCUUUGAACAAAGAACAAAUCAAAGAAAUUAUGCGCGAAGCGAGACUUAUGCGAUUUCUGGAUCACCCAAAUAUUGUCCGCUUUUAUGGGGUUGGAGCAGGACAGGAGCCGCUUUAUGUGAUCAUGGAACUCGCCGAUUGCGGAGCACUCGACUCGUACCUUCAGAAGAAUCCAAACCUUCCAAUGUCGAAAAAAACGGAAAUGAUUUAUCAGGCGGCUUGCGGUCUGAAUUACAUGCAUGAAAAACAUUUGCUACAUCGCGAUAUUGCCGCAAGAAAUUGCCUUUACGGUGGCGGACAAGUCAAGAUUUCCGAUUUCGGUCUAUCGCGCGAAGGUACCUUCUAUCAAAUGGAUAUGACCAAAAAGGUCCCGAUUCGCUGGCUCGCUCCUGAAACACUUCGUUGUGGUAUUUACACACCAAAAACUGAUGUGUUCGCAUUUGGAAUCAUGGCUUGGGAGAUCUAUGAGAACGGCAAAGAGCCAUAUUCCGAUAUGAAAGUGGCCGAAGUCGCGAAAGAGGUACUCGGUGGAUAUCGCCUACCUUUCAAACCGGAUGUUUGCCCAGAAUUCGUUAAAUUUGUUACGAAAUCGUGUUGGUCGGAGAAUCCUAACGAUCGGUGCUACAUGCCGGACAUCGUUAAGUUCUUCAUUAGAAUGUAUAAGUUCAAGCCGGUGGUUCAGAGACCAGUCGAAAAACAAGAACACACAUCGCAAAACAGCGAAAAGAAAAGGACAUGGACGAAGAAGUUGUUCGGGAAGAAAGAAGCCGACACUCCGGUGGCCACAACGCCGACCUAA